GGGGGAGAACGAGGCAUCCAUUUCAGAUGCUACCCAGCUGCUCUCCACAAUAUCCUCGAGCCACACGGGAAUCAGAUAAACUAAUUUAUUACUGCCUCAUAUCACAGUUCAAGUGGGUGACGAUGCUGUGUCAGGAGCCCCGGUUAAUCAGUGACCUUAGGAAUAAGAAAGGUGCCUGCUGACUUGGGGCCAGCGCAGCUCCUUGUGCCCUAGAGGUGGGGCUGGGGGCACCGAGGGGACUGAGCCGGCAGGACGACACAGUGCUGUCACCUGGUUCUUGAGAAACUGGAAGCCCCUUCCUCUACCUGCUGAGAGGUAAUGCUUCUUCGCGGGCCUCACCUGAGCAAGAUACCCAUUUUCAGAUGAGGUUUUUAAGUGUAAGAUUGAGUUGAGUGCCUCUCUUUGUGCUGUGCUUCCUCAUUGUUCUUCCGUGUGCAUGUGCCCUUCUAGAAGAGCUUAAUCCUACAGUGCUGGAAUGCUUAGCUCUGGGUCUUUUUUUUCCCACGUUGUUUCCCUGAGAUGAUAAAUCCAUCCUAAAAAUACUUUUAUAUGUCAGGAAUCUUAGUUCCCUUUGAGAAUGUUGCGUGGUAAAAAAUUAAAAUGAAGCUGCGACUUGCGCGCCUCCUGUGAAAACAAAGGUGCUUAUUUUUUAUUCACCCGGUGCCAUCGGGGCGCGUGAAAGGAAUACAAACGCCUCUUUGUGUGCCUCGCGCCGCUGGUCUGCGCCUCUCCGUAGCGUGCGGCGUGUCGCGCUGGCUCCCAGAUGGACUAGCAGAGCCUGGCGAGGAGGUGCUGCGGAUGAUGAGCGCCUAAUUGCCGUCCCUGCAUCAGCAGCCUCUACGAAGCAUCCUGGGAAUCGCUCGCCCUGCGCUCGGAGCAGCUGAUCACAUGAGCCUGAAUUUUCAGUUCAGUUCAUUAGUCAGCCAUUUUGGUCAACACCCUGCUUACUGCGCACAACCAAUCCUGUCAGCACUCGCUGCCCUGGCUCAUCUGGGAAGAAAGGAACCUGCAGCUUGAUUUCAGCAAACCUGGAUAUCCUCCUCUCUGUCCUUUCUUUGUUUUUGUUUGGGUGGUCGUCAGAGGAAGCCCUUCUUUUUCUUCCUCCUGCUUAUUUUCUUCUGUUUAUAAUUUUUUUCAUGUUUGAUGCGGAAGUCAGAUUUUCUGUGGCUGCUUAGGAUCAAUAGCCUUCGGCAUAUCUGAAGACAACGACAGUGGUGGAAAGGAGGGAGGAAGAGACGAGCGUGAAGGAGCAGCGUUUUUACCUUGCUUUAUAUAUGAAAAGGCCAAAGCAGUCUGUGCAACCCUGAGCAUAUCUGUCCUAUACUAGCAAGGUAUUUCUCCUUUUCUUCUUCAGAAAGCUUUUCUUUUUAGUUUUUUUUUCCCCUUGUUGUUGUUGUACCAGCUGAGUCAUCAUGUCUGCUCUGACGCCUCAAAGCGACAUGCCAACCCCCACCACAGACAAGAUCACUCAGGCUGCCAUGGAGACCAUCUAUCUUUGCAAAUUCCGAGUGUCGAUGGAUGGAGAAUGGCUCUGCUUGCGCGAGCUGGACGACAUCUCACUGACACCUGACCCAGAGCCUACCCACGAAGAUCCUAAUUAUCUCAUGGCUAAUGAACGCAUGAACCUGAUGAACAUGGCAAAACUGAGUAUCAAGGGGUUGAUCGAAUCUGCACUUAAUCUGGGCCGGACGCUGGACUCUGACUAUGCACCUCUUCAGCAGUUCUUCGUUGUGAUGGAACAUUGCCUUAAACAUGGCUUGAAAGCCAAAAAGACUUUUCUUGGGCAAAAUAAGUCAUUUUGGGGACCUCUAGAACUAGUAGAAAAACUUGUUCCUGAAGCUGCAGAGAUUACAGCAAGUGUUAAGGAUCUCCCAGGUCUGAAGACACCUGUGGGUAGAGGAAGAGCUUGGCUUCGCCUGGCUCUAAUGCAGAAGAAGCUUUCAGAAUACAUGAAAGCCUUGAUUAACAGAAAGGAUCUUCUCAGUGAAUUUUACGAGCCUAAUGCACUAAUGAUGGAAGAAGAAGGUGCGAUCAUUGCUGGCCUGCUAGUAGGUUUGAAUGUCAUUGAUGCAAACUUCUGCAUGAAAGGAGAAGACCUGGAUUCACAGGUUGGAGUUAUUGAUUUCUCAAUGUAUUUGAAAGAUGGGAACAGCACAAAAGGCAGUGAAGGAGAUGGUCAAAUAACUGCUAUUUUGGACCAGAAGAACUAUGUAGAAGAACUCAACAGACACUUAAGUGCUACAGUGAACAACCUACAGGCAAAAGUGGAUGCUUUAGAAAAAUCCAACACUAAACUGACCGAGGAGCUUGCUGUUGCAAACAACAGGAUUAUUACACUGCAGGAAGAGAUGGAGCGGGUUAAAGAAGAAAGUUCUUACAUCUUGGAGUCCAAUCGUAAGGUCACUAAAGACAGAACUGCAGAUGGACAUGCACUGACUGAGGCACGAAAACAGUUAAAGGAAGAGACUCAGCUGCGGCUGGAUGUGGAAAAGGAGCUGGAGGUCCAGAUUGGGAUGAGACAGGAAAUGGAGUUAGCCAUGAAGAUGCUGGAGAAAGAUGUCUGCGAGAAGCAAGAUGCUCUGGUGGCACUCAGACAGCAACUGGAUGAUCUCAGGGCCCUUAAGCAUGAACUAUCUUUCAAGCUGCAGAGUUCAGAUAUGGGAGUGAAACAGAAGAGUGAAUUAAACAGCCGUUUGGAAGAAAAAACAAAUCAGAUGGCUGCUACCAUUAAACAGCUUGAACAAAGAUUGCGACAGGCAGAGAAGGACCGUCAGUUGGCCCAGCAGGACAACCGUCUCUUCAAGCAGGAGUUUGGGGACAAAAUCAACAGCCUCCAGCUAGAAGUGGAAGAGCUCUCCAGGCAGCGGAGCCACCUUGAACUGGAACUGAAGCGAGAAAGAGACAGAUGGUCACAGAAUCACCAAAGCGGCCAAGGAAACAAAAAAGUCCCAAAGAAUUUGUUAAAACCGGAUGGGAAGCUCAAAAUCCAGGAAGAAAAUGCGAAACUGAAACAGCCUCUGAGAGAGGAAAACAGUGUCCUGACAUACAAGUUGCAGAGUGAUACGCAGGAAGAGCAGGAACAGCCAUCAGGACCUGGAAACGCCCAGAUCUGCCAGCUCUGCCAGGAAGAAAGCAGCCGAAACAAGAAAAAGAAUAUCUGCAAGAACUGUGGCGGUAUCUUCUGCGAAGCCUGUUCAGCAAAUGAGCUGCCCCUCCCGUCCAGUAUUAACCCGGAGUCCGUCUGCAAUCCCUGUCACAAGCAACUCAUCCAGCAGUAUUCAACCAGUCCCUUGUAGGAGCCGGGCUGCAGAGAGUGGUGACCGUAAAAAUUGUUGUAGCUAAUCAAUGUCUCUGGGGUUGUUCAAGAGGAAUUUGACGAGAAGAUGCUUGCCUGUGUUCUUGGGAGGUCAGAGGGGGAAGCAGCUUUGGCGUUUAGUCUCUUGCGACUAAAACGAAGUCUGAGCCUUCCCUGUAGAAAAAUCUGCCAGUUCUCAGACCUGAGCUUGUGCCAUGGAGAACUGCUUGGGGAAUUUCACAUCGAGUAGCCAUAAGGUGUGACCGAGCAGCCUCAGGACGCUGUGAGAACAGAGCCCCCACCCCCAAAAAGAGCCUUGUGUCUGUGUAUACAAGUCAGGAAUGUUGUCAUCCCCGAGCACGUCAUGUGAGGGCAUGCUGCUGCUAAGCAAUGGCUCACUGAAAGCAAAACAGGAGCAUUUUUUAAUCCUCAUGUCUGGCUGCACUUGAAAUACCAUUUCCCCUUUCCUUGCUGCCUUUGACAAUCUGGCUCAACCGUGCUACUUCAGUGCCAGGUGAAAGAGUCCAGGUAACACGCCAAAAAAAAAGUUUUCUGGCUUAAUUUCUUCAGUCCUCUAGCCAUGCACUUGCUAUGCAAAUCAGUAUCAAACAAAACUGUGAAAUUAUCCUUUUUUAGGGACUUUGGAGGGGGGCUAAGGUGGUUUGUUUUUUUUUUUUAGGCGCGUGUGAUGUGAGAGCUCACCUGCACUGAUCUAGCAGGGAAGUGCUUUAAGGUAUCUCUGACCUUCCUACCAGAGACCCUCACUGUGACUUCACGGCCACAAAAUGGUGGUCAGUCCUAAGGGCUGCAACUCUGCUUCCUAUCUUGAUACAGCAUCUGGGGGAAUUUGAGUCACAAAUAUUUAAAUACAAAAUACUGUUACACAGAGGAUUUAGGGCCAUGUCUGUGCACCUCUCUUCUCUCCAUUGUGCAUGUGAAAGAGUGGUUGUAAUACAGCUCAUCUUUCACUGGUUUUGCUUUAGAUCACAAUGAAGGUGAUAUGAAGUCAAAGUACUUUGCACCUAUAAGAAAUCCUGAUCCGAACACAGUUUAGAGUUUUUGUGAUUCAUGCUACAUCUAUCUUUGCUGCUGUUAAAAGGAAUUGCAUGUUACUCAAAAAGCAGUGGUGGCCUCCUCGUAAAGCACGCAGUAUGUCAUAGUUUAUUUGGUCUAUUCUGUACUGGGAGACUUCAGUCUUUAGGGCCACAGUAUGUUUUGUAAUCUGUAGAAAACUGAUGUAUUUAUAUGUGACAAAUGUAUUUGGUUUUGUAGAAAUUCUAUUGGGGGUAGUGGUUUAACACCCCAGAGAGGAUUCUCCAUUCACUAGACUGGCUGGAACUGCACUAAAAAGCACAUCAAGAGUUGAGGUUCUUUAUGUGCUUGGUGCUAGAGUUUGUACCAAAAACUUCCCCUUUCCUACUUCCCUGUAGGCCUCAGUGUGUUCAGCCACCCAAGUUCUCCAACUCCUCUUAGCGCCCUUCAUAGAGCACUAAACAGAGGGGAGCAACUUCCAACUUUCCCCUUAUCUGCUCUUUAGUCCCCCUGUGGUAGUUACCACAUGCAUUUCCUUGCUGCUAUCCCUUAAAGUAGGUUAAAAAAAAAUUGUAAAUAGCGUUGAAAUUGGAAAAGCCUAGAAUUUAAGUGUGAGCAAACACUGCUUUGAAGGGGUGAGACACCACAGGUAAUGCACGAGAUACUGAAUUUAUUGUUAGUAGCUUUGUGUACACGUUGUACACACUUGGGAUAGCGAAUUCCUGCACCCAACCUAGAGUGACUCAUCCCCCAGGAGAAAGUCUGACCCAUGCAACUUCAGUGCUGGAGAAUUAAACUGGAAACCAGGCACUUACUGUUAAGUGACUUUAUUGCUGGGGUGUCCGAGCAAUUUUGCAGCUCUGGAAUCACAGCUUAUUUGUGACCUGUACGUAGCUUUCUGCUGCUUCACCAGGAGUGGCUGCUGCUCUGCUUGCUUGUAGUGAAUGUUGUGAUCAUCUUCGUGUAAAAAGCAGGACAGUUCUUGAGCAGGUCCUUUAUCGUUACACGAGAUCUCUAUGAACAAGCAGCCCUUUACGGAGGCAGCUGAAAACCCUUCAAAAUAUGGCGCCGGCUGCUGUAACAGAAACUGGCGUUCAGAAAGACCAGAGCAUGACCAAGUUGGCUGUCAGUCGCGUCAACAGUCGCUGCCUUCCUGGUUUAUCUUGGUGAAAGGCUCUGCUUUUAAGUACUGGAUGUUACACUUGGUGAUGCUGCAAAUGUUAAAGGCAUGUUUGCUCAGGUAAUGCUGGAUUUUUGGGUUCAUACCUGGACAUUUGGACAGGGCGGAGCAGAAGGCUGUUUUUCUGUUGUUAAUUUUGUUCUACAUGCAACAAUAAAAACUUUCUCAUCUG